AGGGAGUAAGGUGGUACCACAAUUUAGACAUCAGCUUUGGGAUGGAGGUGACUGGGGGGUCACGUGAAGGCCAACCCUAAAUGGCUCCUCUCCCUUAGUUCUGGAGUGGGGCCCCUGUUCAGGAGCCCACUGAGCCCCUCCCUGGGGUGGGCUGGGAGCAGGGAGGGGUGAGCUCAUAGGUUCAGGUCUUUCCUGUUCUCCUGGCAGUCCAAGUGACCAGCAACUGUAGGCCAGAGGUGUCGGAGGUGGGGUGAGACAGGACCAGCCCCUAAGCCUGGUCAGGCCUGAUCAAGUGCUGUGGCAGUCAUGGUGCGAACGCGGUGGCAGCCUCACCCUCCGCCGCCCCUGCUUCUCCUGGUGCUCGUGUGGCUCCCCCAAAGCCUGAGUCUAGACCUGAUUGCCUACGUGCCGCAGAUAACAGCCUGGGACCUGGAAGGGAAGAUCACAGCCACUACAUUCUCUCUGGAGCAGCCUCGGUGCGUCUUUGAUGAGCAUGUCUCAACUAAGGACACCAUCUGGCUAGUGGUGGCUUUCAGCAAUGCCUCCAGGGACUUUCAGAACCCACAGACUGCUGCUAAGAUCCCGACCUUCCCACAGCUGCUGACUGACGGCCACUAUAUGACAUUACCCCUGUCCCUGGAUCAGCUGCCAUGUGAGGACCUGACCGGUGGCAGUGGAGGUGUCCCCGUGCUUCGGGUGGGCAAUGAUUUUGGCUGUUACCAGCGACCCUAUUGCAACGCCCCCCUCCCCAGCCAGGGCCCUUACAGUGUGAAGUUCCUUGUAAUGGAUGCCGCCGGCCCACCCAAGGCUGAGACGAAGUGGUCCAACCCCAUUUAUCUCCACCAAGGAAAGAAUCCCAACUCCAUUGACACAUGGCCUGGCCGACGGAGCGGCUGUAUGAUCGUCAUAACUUCCAUCCUCUCUGCCCUGGCCGGCCUCUUGCUCCUGGCUUUCCUGGCAGCUUCCACUACGCGUUUCUCCAGCCUGUGGUGGCCCGAGGAAGCUCCUGAGCAGCUGCGGAUUGGCUCCUUCAUGGGAAAACGUUACAUGACUCACCAUAUCCCCCCCAGCGAAGCUGCCACACUGCCGGUGGGCUGCGAGCCUGGCCUGGACCCCCUUCCCAGUCUCAGCCCGUAGCCUGGUCUCUGUAGCUUGGGCCUGGGGUGAGGGGCAGAGAGCAGAUGUGCAGGUCCUGUGGGGUGGGGGUGGGGGUCUUGCAUCUGCACAGCCCCUUCUAUCUGCCUGGCUGUUUUAUUUCUGCUUUUGCCCCUCACUAGGCUCUGUCUGUAAGUAUGCUUGCAGGUGGUCAAGGUCAGCUUGGCCAACUUAACCUCCUUCAUGUAAGGCUAGAGGAGGUGGCCAGUUCAUCUUCACCUUAGCCAGACUUCAGAGAACGCAGCAGGACGGUUGACACAAGCUACGAUCCCCACACUUGGGAGGCUGAAGUAGGAGGGUCAUGUACUUCAGGCUAGUCUGGGAUAUCUGGCAGGAGCAGGUCUCAAAUGAAACAAACCAAAACAAAACAAAAACACACAACCCGGUAGGCAGCCUUGUUGGGCAGUCAGUAGGUUGGGCUGGGCCCAUCAUGAGUUAUAUGAGGUUCAGGCCACCUUCCGUCUGACCCAACAACCAGGGGUGGGGUGCAGUUACACAAAUACCACUUUCGUCCCCCUCGCUCUUUCUGAGGAUGGGUCUCACCAAGUGUACUGGUUAGAGAGUGUAAAUGGCUAUUAAUGACAGUCGGCUACCUAGCCCAGCCCCUGUGCACACAGAGAGAUGGUUCUGCACACUUCUCGGCUCACUCAGCAUCAUUUAUUGUGCAUCUGGCAUUCUGCACCACAUACAGUGUUAGACACGGCCUCGGGGAAAGCUGAUUGUAACUUUGGAGGACUCUACCUUGCUUUGAAUCGCAGACUGACACCUGUCCAGAUGUGGGAUCUAUUACUGCUGGGGAGAUGUCAUGCUCUCAAACUAUCCUCGGAGUCACUCUCCCAAUUACCAUAGUGGGCUCUUUGAGACCCACUGUACACUCGAUC